AGGGGGGCGGUAACUAUACAUUCAGGAAGAGGUCCAUGGACUGUAAACUCUGCUAGCUUGCUAGGUGAAUCCGAUGGAAAAAUAACUCCGUUUGGUCGUUAAAUCGUCGUUAACCAUGUCUGCAAGAAACCCGGGCAUGCCCCUUGACCUGGAAUGGGUGUCCAAGGUGCGGGUGAACACCCAGGCAGUGCUGAAGAGAGCUCAGCAGAUCCAAGGACGCAAUAAGAACAAGAAACAGUGGCAGGCGGCGUGGCUGCUGCGGGCGGUGACCUGUAUUGACCUGACGACCCUGGCCGGUGACGACACGCCCGGCAACGUCCACCGGCUGUGUAUGAAAGCGACCCAGCCGGUACGCUACGACUUGCUGAAGAGCAUGGACAUGCAGGAACAAAGGUAGUGGGGUGUGACUACUGCAGCGGUGUGCGUGUACCCGUCUCGUGUGGCUGAUGCUGUGAAGUCCCUGAAAGCAGCCAACUCCAGCCUACCUGUCGCCUCCGUGGCGACCGGUUUCCCUGCAGGCCAGACCUCUCUGAAGACCAGGCUGGAGGAGGUCCGUAUGGCUGUAGAGGAUGGAGCUAUGGAGAUAGAUAUAGUCAUUAACAGGACUCUGGCCCUCACUGGCCAGUGGGAAGCCAUGUAUGAGGAGGUGUGUCAGUUCAGAGAGGCCUGUGGGGAGGCUCACAUGAAGUCCAUCCUGGCUAUAGGAGCUGGGACCUACACCAAUGUCUACAAGGCUAGUCUGGUGGCUAUGAUGGCUGGGUCGGACUUCAUCAAGACGUCAACAGGGAAGGAGUCUGUCAACGCUACCUACCCUGUCGCCAUAGUGAUGGUCAGAGCCAUCCGGGACUACUUCCUGAAGACUGGACAUAAGGUUGGAUUUAAGCCUGCUGGUGGGAUCCGUACAGCCAAGGAGUCGUUGGUGUGGCUGACUCUGAUGAAGGAAGAGCUGGGAGACGAGUGGCUGAGCCCUCGCCUCUUUAGACUGGGGGCUAGUAGCCUGCUGGCUGACAUAGAGAGACAGAUCUACCAUCACGUGACUGGUCGCUACGCAGCCUAUCACCAGAUGCCCAUGGCCUGAAACCACGGUUACCAUUUCCAAAGUGACCAAUCCGAAACCUCACCCGAACCAGCCUAUCGCUGUGCAGAAUUCUUACAGGUUUCGUGGAAGAUAUCUCUGUUGCUGGACUUGUCAGGAAUGUGUUAAUUUGAGAUGAUGAUUACUGUGUACAGUACUACUGGUAUAUCUGUCAUUUUACUGUGUACAGUACUACUGGUAUAUCUGCCAUUUUACUGUGUACAGUACUACUGGUAUAUCUGACAUUUUACUGUGUACCAGACAUACAGUACUACUGGUAUAUCUGCCAUUUUACUGUGUACAGUACUACUGGUAUAUCUGCCAUUUUACUGUGUACAGUACUACUGGUAUAUCUGAUAUUUUACUGUGUACAGUACUACUGGUAUAUCUGAUAUUUUACUGUGUACAGUACUACUGGUAUAUCUGCCAUUUUACUGUGUACAGUACUACUGGUAUAUCUGACAUUUUACUGUGUACCAGACAUACAGUACUUCUGGUACAUCUGCCAUUUUACUGUGUACAGUACUACUAAUAUAUCUGACAUUUUACUGUGUACAGUACUACUGGUAUAUCUGAUAUUUUACUGUGUACAGUACUACUAGUAUAUCUGAUAUUUUACUGUGUACAGUACUACUAGUAUAUCUGACAUUUUACUGUGUACCAGACAUACAGUACUUCUGGUAUAUCUGCCAUUUUACUGUGUACAGUACUACUGGUAUAUCUGAUAUUUUACUGUGUACAGUACUACUGGUAUAUCUGAUAUUUUACUGUGUACAGUACUACUGGUAUAUCGGCCAUUUUACUGUGUACAGUACUACUGGUAUAUCUGACAUUUUACUGUGUACAGUACUACUGGUAUAUCUGUCAUUUUACUGUGUACAGUACCACUGGUAUAUCUAAUAUUUUACUGUGUACAGUACUACUGGUAUAUCUAAUAUUUUACUGUGUACAGUACUACUGGUAUAUCUGUCAUUUUACUGUGUACCAGACAUACAGUACUACUAGUAUAUCUGACAUUUUACUGUGUACAGUACUACUGGUAUAUGUCAUUUUACUGUGUACAGUACUACUGGUAUAUGUCAUUUUACUGUGUACCAGACAUACAGUACUUCUGGUACAUCUGCCUCUUUGUGCCUUGAGACAGAUGGCCAGUAUGGUUUCAUCUAGUCCCCAUCCAAACAAUGUGAAACUAUGACGCUGUAUGAAUUGAGUGUUGAUGAGUCCGUCUUAAUGAACCAUUUUUAAAUUGUGGUUGUUUUGAGAGUACUAUAUUAUAGACGAUAUAAAACUCUUUAAUUCAGUAUUUCUAUUGCCGUUGUCGUUGGUAAUGAAAGAUUGCCACCCAUUCUAAUCAUGUCUGUCUGGACAUUUUGUUGAGAGAUGUUGGAGUGUGAUUAAAGAACAUCAGACAUUA